AUGUCUUCAUCGACAGACUGGACAUCACUAAAUCCUUUUGAACGGGUGAAAUCAAGCUGCAAACGAGUAGCUACAGAAUCAACAACCACCCACGUUACAUUCAGCUCGGAAGGUGCUACUAAAUUUAUUGAACAAUAUUUACUUCCAAAUUUGCAAAGUAUUAAAGAAAAGGCUUGCAAGAAGGCUUCACUUCCUUUCCAAUUUGAUUCCGUAGAUCAUGAAGCCAAUUACCGUUGUUUGUAUGGAUUAUUACAAUUUGGAUCUGGAUUUAGAAGAUUAUUGCAUGAGAAAAUAUCCAAAGGAGCCUGUGAAACUAUUGAGAGAGGUCUCAUCAAUUGUUUCCUCUCGGAAGACAUCACCAUUUCAUCACUGGGUGUGGACAUGAUGGACAAAGUUUCUGACAAUUAUUUCGCACUUGAACAACAUUUUCAAGUACCAGCCAAAGAAGAAGCUCCUCACGACAAGUAUCCACUCAUUAAAGUACAGAAAGACAGUCCAUUGAAACCUUUUGCCGAAAAUUUGAGGAUGGUCUUGAGUGAAACUUCAAGAAAAUUAAGAGAAAGAGCUUCGGACUCUUUUGCCACGUUUAUUAGAAAACUAAUUGCAGAAUAUGAAAGAAAGAAGCAACACGAGGAAAAGUAUAGUGAGGUCAGAGGAAUUGGGAAAGCUGCAUUUGUGGUCAAUGAAUUGGUGAAGGCUUUCCCUAGCGCACUUGAUGACAGCGCCCAAUAUGAGAAUGCCAAUCAUGAAAAAUUCAAAGUCUUUCUGUAUAAGAAAGCUCAAUUAAUUGUGGCGGAAUUACACAUCCAUUUGCACGAAGAGGAUCCAACAUUUUUCUUCCCAGAUAUUCAUGAAAUGACAAUUUUUGUGGACAAUGUUAUUCCUGCAACAUUGAUCAAGGCAGGAGUUUUAGAAAUAGAUGAAGAGAUGAAGUUGAAAAUUCAUGACGGCAAACCAUUCAAAUAUGGAAGCCCAGCAGAAGUUGAAUUGCGAGCUCUUGCUGUUCAUGCAUCAGAAGAAAUAAUUCGAAUUGCCAAUAGUGAACCCUACAAUGCAGAUAUCAAUAGCUUACACUUGGAUUAUUAUUUGUGGGGUGAGUUGGGUAAACAGGAAGAAUUCAGAAAGUUUGAAAGGCACUCAACCCCUGAUACUGUUUUUUAUUAA